CAAUCAGCGUCGUCCUAUCCCAUCUAUAAAGUCGGCUGCGAGGCUUCAGGAUCGGACUCCUCUCAGCCGUCCAGAAUGGGGUCCAUGGCGCCCCGGACCCUCCUCCUGCUGCUCGCGGGGGCCUUGGCCCUCACCGAGACCCGGGCGGGCUCCCACUCCAUGAACUAUUUCUACACCUCCGUGUCCCGGCCCGGCCUCGGGGAGCCCCGCUUUAUCGAAGCCGGAUACGUGGACGACACGCAGUUCGUGCGCUUCGACAGCGACGCUGAGAACCCGAGGAUGGAGCCGCGGACGGCGUGGAUUCGGCAGGUGGAUCGGAUGGAUCAGGAGUACUGGGACCGGGAGACACAGCGCAACAAGAACACCGCACAGGUUUUCCGCGGGAACCUUCAGACCGCGCUCCGCUACUACAACCAGAGCGAGGCCGACUCUCACACCUUCCAGUGGAUGUACGGCUGCGAGAUCGGGGCUGACGGGAGCCUCCUCCGCGGGUACAUGCAUUGGGCCUAUGACGGCAAGGACUACAUCUCCCUGAAUGAGGACCUGCGCUCCUGGACCGCGGCCGACAUUGCGGCUCAGAAGACCAAGCGCAAGUGGGAGGCUGCGGGUGUGGCUGAGCACGAGAGGGCCUACCUGGAGGGCGAGUGCGUGGAGUGGCUGCACAGAUACCUGGAGAUGGGAAAGGAAACUCUGCAGAGAUCAGACCCACCCACAGCACAUGUGACUCACCACCCAGUCUCUGACCAGAAGGCCACCCUGAGGUGCUGGGCCCUCGGCUUCUACCCCAAGGACAUCUCACUCACCUGGCAGCGAGAUGGGGAGGACCUGACCCAGGACACAGAGCUGGUGGAGACCAGGCCUUCAGGGGAUGGAACCUUCCAGAAGUGGGCAUCUGUGCUGGUGCCUUCUGGAGAGGAGCAGAGUUACACAUGCCACGUGGAGCAUGAGGGGCUCAGGCAGCCCCUCACCCUGAGAUGGGAGCCUCCUCAGCCCGCUGUGCCCAUGUGGGGAGUCGUCAUUGGCCUAGUCCUCCUGGCAGCUGUGCUCACUGGAGCUGUGGUCGCUGUUGUGAUGAUGAUAAGAAGGAAGCGCUCAGGUGGGAAAGGAGGGAUCUACACUAAGGCUGCAGGUGGGGACAGUUCCCAGGGCUCUGACUCCUCUCUGCCAGUUUGAAAGUGUGAGACAACCGCCUUGUUGCAACAGACAUGCUGAAGUCCUCAUCUUGGUUUUCUUCAAAAAGCCCUGCCCUCCCUUCCUGCCAAGACAUCUGAGUGUGUUCCUGUGGGCACAGUGUGAGGUGGGAGCCUGGCCCUCCCAGCCCAGCACGGGCACCUCUGUCCCUGUCUCAAGUCAGGCGCAUCUGCUGCAGCUUCAUCCUUGCCAGUGCAAUUCAUUCUUUCCAAUUCCAAUCACAAGGUGUGGGUGGGAAAAUUAAAAGAGGAAAUUCCAACAAUUUGACAGAGAAAAUAAACAGAAGCACCAAGAACCUUCCAGAA